UGUGGAAGAAGGAAUUAUGAUUUUGGUAUUUUUUUGAAUAAAAGAAAGGAAGAAAGUGAAACCCUCUCCUUUUCUCCGAAAGGAAUGCGGAAAAUCCUGAGGGGCUGCAAAACGACAACCCCCUGCGUUCAAAACGACGACAACUCCCACCACUCCACGAUUGCGGUGUUGAGUUGAGGCAUGUUAUUCGCUCACUCCUUCAACUCAAACUCCUACUGUACUUGUUCUUCUUCGCAUCAUCGCAUCGAAUAGAGACGUUGACUUUGAAGGAAGAAGAAGAGAAUGGAGCAAUCGGUUUUGGAUGACAUAAUCAGUCGUCUCCUCGAAGUUCGUACCCGACCCGGGAAGCAGGUUCAGCUAUCGGAGUCCGAGAUCCGUCAACUCUGCGUCGUUUCCAGAGACAUUUUCUUGCAACAACCUAAUUUAUUGGAGCUCGAAGCGCCUAUUAAGAUUUGUGGUGAUGUACAUGGCCAAUAUUCUGAUCUCUUAAGGCUUUUUGAGUACGGUGGAUUACCUCCUGAAGCCAACUACUUGUUUCUGGGGGAUUAUGUGGAUCGAGGGAAACAGAGUUUAGAAACAAUUUGCCUUCUCCUUGCUUAUAAAAUAAAAUAUCCUGAGAACUUUUUCCUGUUAAGGGGAAACCAUGAAUGUGCUUCUAUAAAUCGGAUAUAUGGAUUUUAUGAUGAGUGCAAGAGAAGGUUCAAUGUAAGGUUAUGGAAGACAUUUACAGAGUGCUUCAAUUGCCUGCCCGUGGCAGCCCUUGUUGAUGAAAAGAUUUUAUGUAUGCACGGAGGACUUUCUCCUGACUUACUUAAUUUGGAUCAGAUUCGAAAUAUACAGCGGCCCACAGAUGUUCCUGAUACAGGUUUGCUUUGUGAUCUCCUUUGGUCUGACCCAAGCAAAGAAGUUCAAGAAUGGGGAAUGAAUGAUAGAGGAGUUUCAUAUACAUUUGGUGCUGAUAAGGUCUCAGAGUUUCUUCAGAAACAUGAUCUUGAUCUUGUUUGUCGUGCACAUCAGGUUGUGGAAGAUGGAUACGAGUUCUUUGCUAAUCGACAGCUUGUAACAAUAUUUUCAGCACCUAAUUAUUGUGGGGAGUUUGACAAUGCCGGUGCUAUGAUGAGUGUUGACGAGACACUAAUGUGCUCUUUCCAAAUAUUAAAGCCAGCUGAUAAAAAAACAAAGCACAAUUUUGGAAGUACUACCACUGCUAAGCCUGGAAACUCCCCAGCAGGUGUAAAGUUUGGGCUUGAGAAAGUGCAAGUUUGCGCUGAAUAGCAGAACCAUACCAUGUAGGCAGAUUUUACCUGCUGUGUGGGUUAUGAAUCUUAUUGCUUGGACUUGGAAGCACCCUAUGAGAAGGGUCAUGACAUCAGAUUACAAAGUGGGAAUCAGUACCGCCCACAAAGGGUGUGCCCGUGGGGACACUUGGUGUUUGGCCAAAACUACCUAAACUGUAAUGUCCCUAAUCUGGCACUCAAUUCAAGCGAUGGUAUCACAUUACUUAGCACGGACACCUGGUGUUUGACCAAAAUUAGCUAAACUGUAAUGCCCCUAAUCUGGCACUCAAUUUAAGUGAUGAUACCGCAUCACUUAGCACUGAACUGAAUACAUGCUCUAUUUUAUGUUUUCACACUUACUCAUUCUCCAAUAUAUUCUAAAUUUUUCUU